UGAACCUAAUGGAAUGAAGGGUGAGUACACACCCCGAAGCCACAGGUGGAUGCAGCUCAUCCCGGCCGAGAUGAGCCGAAACUGGCACAAGCCAGGCUUACCCACUGAGCCGAUUAUGAGGAGAGUCCACGCGUUGGGACAGCAGAGACGGGCAUCCGCUACCGAAUACCGCUGACCAAAGAGUCGGUCUGCUCUCGCGCAGGAGGUGGAGUCUCGGAGGUGGGGAGGGAAAAGACAGAGAAAGUAAGAAGGGGAAAAAAGCAGACACAACAGAAAUUGAGAGGAGGAAGAAGCGGACGGUGGGAAACAUAAUUACAACCACGCAUUCGCCAACAUAUCGCGGGAUUUACAAAGGAGGACGGAGGACACGGACUGAAAAUGAUCACGGCUUAUUUCGCAGAGAAUUUUUGGGGAGAAAAGAACAAUGGCUUUGAUGUUCUUUACCAUAAUAUGAAGUAUGGGCAAAUUUCUUCCAAGGAGUUAUCCGAUUUUAUUAGGGAAAGGGCUACCAUAGAAGAAACAUAUGCAAGGUCUAUGGCUAAACUGGCCAAAACAGCUAGCAACUAUUCUCAAUUAGGGACAUUUGCACCAGUAUGGGAGGUUUUUAAAACAUCUACAGAAAAAUUGGCAAGCUGCCAUUUAGAAUUAGUCAGGAAGCUUCAAGAAUUAAUAAAAGAUGCUCAGAAGUAUUCAGAUGAACAAAUAAAAACGCACAAAAAGACAAAGGAAGAAGUAUCAAGCACUCUGGAAUCUGUGCAGAAUAUACAGAGCAUCACUCAGGCAUUACAAAAAUCCAAGGAAAAUUAUAAUGUAAAGAGUGUAGAGCAGGAAAGACUGAAGAAAGAAGGAGCCACGCAAAAAGAAAUUGAAAAGGCAGGAAUCAAAACAAAAAAAGCCACUGAAACAUACAAGGCAUUUGUAGAAAAGUAUGCUUCAGCAAAAAUAGAUUUUGAACAGAAGAUGACAGAAACUGCACAGAAAUUCCAAGAUAUUGAAGAAGCCCAUGUUCUACAGAUGAAGGAAAUAAUACAGUGCUAUUCAGUAGCAAUAGAAGAAACACAUUUACAAAUUAGUCAAGUUCACAAUGAGUUUGUAAAUAAUAUGGAAAACACUACAGUGGAAAACUUAAUACAGAAAUUUGCUGAGACUAAAGGGACGGGCAAAGAAAGACCUGGACCCAUUGAGUUUGAAGAAUGCAACACAGCUAACGCAGUAGAAGGAGCAAAGCCACGUAAAAGAAAAACUUUUGGAAUACCAGGUCGAAGAAAAGAGAAGGAUACAGAUUCAAAUGAGUCUCCAGAGUCUGAUAAUAUAAAGACAUCAAAUGGAACACCAUCUGGGUACUAUGGGAGAAUAGAUAUACAGAAUGCCAAUAUUCCAGAGGUAGACGAGGAAGGAUAUUGCAUCCGUCCAGAACUGAAUGAAAAUGAGCAUGAAAAAGGCAACAAUUUCUAUUCAUCCAGUGAUUCUGAAGAUGAAGAUGAACCAAGAAAGUUCCAUGUGGAAAUCAAACCAGUGCAGCCCAAUAAUGGCAACCAUCAGAGUUUGUCUUCAAUAGAUGAACUAAAAGCCUCCAUAGGAGCUAUUACACUCUCUCCAUCUGUCUCAAGAAGUAGCCCUGCUCAGAUGAAAAGAAAUUUAUCUACUGAAGAAUUGAAGUCUCGACUCACUGGAUCAUAUAAUGAAACCAAGCGAGUCAACAAUGACCUCCUGUCUUUGGAUCCAUUAUUUGGUCCUCCACUUGAGUCUUCAUCCUCGUCUGCUUCUGCAUCAUCAACAGCUGACCUAGUGGCACCUAAGGAGAACUCUUCUCUCUCAAGUUCUCCCAAUCCUUCACCUUGGGGUGCAGUUGAUGAAGUAUUCUCUGGAUCUUGUCCAGGUGUAGGGCCUAGGAGCCCUUCCACAGAGCAACAUGACUGCCCUGAUCUCAACACUAUUAGUAAACCCCCUUCUGAAAGUGUGGAUUUUCUGUCUUCAGUGUGUUGGUCUCAGAGCCAAUGGAUAUCAUUUAAUGAUGAAAUGAUCUCUUGUAAACACCUGAAAACUCUGAAAGAACGCCAAAGACUUCAGUCUAAACAUAACAUAAAUGUUCCAUCUCCAACGGCCUUUUCUUCUACUAAAUUUUUUUCUGAUGACCCAAGUGACCUUAACAAUCCCACAUGCAAUUCCAAGUUGUUUGUUGAAGAAAAUGUCAGUCGUUCAUCUCAAACUUCAACACCUGCUCUUAAUCACAUACAUGAUGUAACGCAGCCAGCAAGACCCACCACUCCACUUGCCUCCGGGGGAAUUGUACCACCUCCACGACCAUCUUCAAGACCAAAGCUCUCUGCGGGAAAACUUUGUGGUAUUAAUGAAAUAGCCAGACCAUUCAGUCCACCAAAAAUUUCAAAUUCGAGUCCACCCCCAUCUGCACCUUUGGCUCGUGCAGAAAGCACAUCUUCAAUAUCUUCAGCCGCGUCUCUCAGUGCUGCAAAUACACCUACAAUUGGAAUAUCUCGUGGCCCCAGUCCUGUCAGUCUGGGUUCUCAGGACUCUCUACCAGUUGCUGCUGCCUUUACAGAAUCUGUUAAUGCCUAUUUCAAAGGAGCCGAUCCCACUAAAUGCAUUGUAAAGAUAACUGGAGACAUGACUCUAUCCUUCCCAAGUGGAGUUAUAAAAAUAUUUACAAACAAUCCAUCACCUGCAGUACUAAGUUUUAGAUUAAAAAACACCAGCAAGAUUGAGCAGAUUCUUCCAAAUCCUCAGCUUCUUUCCAGUGAUCUGUCACAAAGUGACUCAAACACCAAGGAUUUCUGGAUGAACAUGCAAGCCCUUACUGCCUACCUCAGAAAAAUGUCAGAACAAAAUCCCACUGCAUCCUAUUAUAACGUCGACAUCCUAAAAUAUCAGGUUUCUUCCAAUGGUAUCCAGUCCACUCCUCUCAAUCUGGCAACAUACUGGAAGUGUUCUCAAAGUUCUACUGAUGUAAGAGUUGAUUACAAAUACAAUCCAGAGUCAAUGGUGACUCCUGCAGUCCUAAACAAUGUCCAAGUGCUGGUACCAGUUGAUGGUGGGGUAUCAAAUAUGCAAUCUCUUCCAGCAGCAAUUUGGAACGCAGACCAGAAGAAAGCUUUAUGGAAGUUAUCAGAUAUCUCAGAGAAAUCCGAUAAUGGAGGUUCAGGAAGCCUCAGGGCAAAAUUUGACAUUACUGAGGGACCUUCUAACCCAUCAACUCUUGCAGUGCAAUUUUUAAGUGAAGGGAGUACACUGUCUGGGCUGGAUAUAGAACUUGUAGGUACUGGCUACAGACUUUCCUUAACUAAGAAACGAUUUGCAACAGGGCGGUAUAUGGCUGACUCUUGAUGUAACUGAAAGCAUGGAUUCUGAAAAGCACAAGUCACUGUAGCACCUGUAACUUUGAUUUGUUUAUGGUUAUGAUUGGGAAAAUAGUUUCUAAAAUCUGUCAAUUUUUAUGCAAUAACAUUAUUUCAAAAACAUUUGCUAAAGGAAAUUUACAUUAAUGUAAAUUCACCAUUUUCUGGAAGAAAAAAUAUUUUUACCACAUGAAAUUAGCACUGAAGUGAUUUUGAACACUUUUUAAAAUGGCUUUCAGGAGAUUUCUAAAAAUUCAAAAUUGUAUUUGUAUUUUUUUAACUUAGACUUUUAUAAAGUCAGACCUGUACUAUGUAGUCAAAUCUGUAUAGAUAUUAAUAUGUAUUGUAAUUAUAUUAUGUUCUGCUAUUAAAGAAAACUGGCACUAACCAUCUUUGCUACAAUGUAAUAAAAUAUGUAAACUUCUUAAUUUGUAUAACUUUGCAAAAGACAAUUUUACUAAAUUUAACAAGGAGAUAAUUGCAAGCGUGUUUGUAAAUAUUUGAAUAGAAUGAAAUGUUUUGUUCUUCCCAUGUCAUUGUCAUGCCAUGUCAUUCUUUAUUGUGCAAUUAUACGAGUUUGGCAAAUGCAACAUCUUUGGAAUAUGUUUGGCAUCUCUGAUACCAGUAAAAUUUCAGAUGUAAUUGUUUAAAGUGCAAUGUCUGUGACAUAAGAUGUGGCAUUUGAAAGUUCAUAUUUAGAGAAGUCUUGGUCAGUUAUUUUUUUCUUGACUAGAUUGUCAAAUUGGUGCCUCUGUGUUUUUUUUUUUAAUACAUUUUUAUGUCUCUUUAUCUGUGUCUAAAAUGUGCCUAACUUGAUUUUUUUUAGUACUUUAUAGAUUUUACAAUUUCUUUAGCUUUAAACCUUGAUUCAGUUUUGAUAAAACAUACUGUACCUGUCAUGGUGAAAAACUGGAUUUUGAAGGGAAAUAAGGAAUGCCACAUCAAGGAUUAUAUCAACUAUGUUGGUGUGCUCUUCAUUGUCAGCAUCAGGUUUUAAACAUGUAUUCUAUCCUUCAGGUUUCCACUACAAGAGACAUUUCUAUUAAUAGUUGUCUAGUAGUCAGCAGUGUGUAGUGCACCAUAUCAAGUGCCACUGAAAUGUAACUUUUAGUAAAUGAUUUGUGCAAAGACUGUUAAUUUUUUCUACUUCUGGUCAGCAUUUUGGAAGGUUACAGUAUAGUUAACGUCAGAACUGUUCUGGUUUUCUUUAUAUGCAUUCAUUGUGCACAUUUUCCUUCUUUUAUUUCAGUAGUCCUUCCUGUCACUGUAAUUAUUUUUGUUGCUGUAGGAAAUGUAUAAGUGGUGACGGUCCUACACGUUUAGAUCUGAGGGCUAUCUUGAAAUCUAAAAUGCACUUUUAUUAACUAUACUCACAUGAGUGGGUAUUUAAAUGAGAGACCAAGCUAGAUUAAAACAAGUAUUAACUCAAGCACAUAAUCUAUGCUACUUGCAGUUUUCUGUGUGCAAACUGCAUUUCAUCAUAUGCAAUACACAUAACAAAGAGGAGCAUACACAUCAUUUACAGUUUAUAUACUGGUAGUUUCUAACAAAGAAAGUCCAAGAAUUGACUUUGAUUUUAUUAAAUUUCUUUGUAAAUUAAUAUACUGCAACACUUUCCCUUUAAGGGGUCCGUAAACACCAAAAUUUCAGAUCUUUGAAUGGGGAAAAUAAAACAAUAAUAAUAAUAAAUUGUUUUAUCUUCCAAAGCAUUUUAAAGGGAGCAAUGGAUGUAAGCAUCUUUUAUUGGUGGGGGGAUUAGGGGUAUAGGUUGAUUAAUUACACAUAUAUAGUCAGUAUACCUUUGGAAGAGAAAUUUGUAAAAGACUAAUUUUCUAAUUUUUAAACAAUACAUUAGCACUGCCAUGUGUAAAAAUGGAUUUUUAAAUGUUAGUUGCAAAUAUUGUUACAAGUUUGCCCGUCCUGUUUUUUAAAGCAGACUGCAUGGGAAAUAUUUUUGGGCGAAUAAGCCACUAUGUAAUGUUGUUGCCGUUGCAUUGCAUUCUCGUUGACCAACAAUAUUAUAAUGUAAGGAAGGCUGGAGUAGGAUAAUGCAUGUUGUAUUAAUUCAAGGUAGGCAUUAACGUAAAUGCUAGAAAAUAGUCAUUUAUUUAUAUAUAUAUAUAUAUAUAUAUAUAUAUAUAUAUAUAUAUAUAUAUAUAUAAAAUUUUUGUUAAGAAAAUACAAAUACAUGUGAAAGACUGUUUGAGGCAGUGCCUCUGAAAAGAUUUUUUUUUUUGUCUUUUUCAUAUCACAUCAAAUAGUCUGAAUGCAGUACUGUCUGACUAGAAGGGCUUCUAUCUCCCCUGUCACAGUAAUAUUGUGCAGAGAACAGUUAACAAGAAUUUUGUAUUGAUAAUUUUAUAUUUGAAUACCUAGCUCCAUAUGUUUUACAUCAAGUACACAAUGCAAGAAUUAGAUUUAUAUAACAGCAAUAUUCUUUGAUAGUUGUUAGCAAUGGUCAUCAGGGACAAAUUAAAAAUCUAAUUUAGCAAUAAAAUGUUUGGCCUUUGUUUUGCUAACAGUUACUAAUAGAAUAAUGGUAAAAGGGCCAAAAGGAAAAAUAUGUUAAAAAAAAGGAUAAAUGAUAAAAAGGUCAGUUUAAUUGGAAACACUAUUGGAUCCCCAUCAGUUAUCUGCAUUUGUAUGAUACAGAAUGACCUUACAGUAUAUGUCCAAUUUAGUCAAAUCAGACUGGCUUUGGAAAUGUAUGUUUUAAUAUUUUUCUUGUAAAAUGAUCAAUUUGAUCAUAUGUUUACAACUGGGAACCCAACCAUUUUUGUGCACAGUUAAAUAUAAAUACCUAAGAGAACUGAAUAUAUUAAGCAAGCUGGUCUUUGCUUUCUUACACAUUAUUUGUAUGCACCUCACAAACAUUAAAUUUCACUUAGAAAUUAACAUUGUAAGAUGUUUCUUGGUGAAUGUUUUAGUAAACACUUUGUUUUCUAACCAAAAGCAAAACAAAAAAUUUUGUAAAUACAAUUUAUUGAAAUGUAAAUUUUUUU